AUGGAGCACCUGAAAAGUAACCACACAAGAGUGAAUGAAUUCUUCUUGGCGGCCAUUUCCCCAACAUGGCAGUCCCAAAUUGCCCUCUUUGUGGUCUUCCUCCUGGCCUAUGCAGCCACCAUAAUAGGAAAUACCCUGAUCAUGCUGACGGUGGCAUCUGACCCUCAAUUGCGCACACCCAUGUACUUCCUGUUGGGGAACCUCUCCUUCUUGGAUCUUUGCCUUUCCACUGUCACAGCCCCCAGGUUGCUGAUGGACUUCUUGAUUGAGAAGAGGAGCAUUGUCUUUGAAGCCUGCAUGGCCCAGCUCUUUUUCCUCCAUUUUGUGGGUGCUUCUGAGAUGCUCCUCCUCAAUGUCAUGGCCUAUGACAGGUAUGUGGCCAUUUGCAAGCCUCUGCACUACCCCAGUAUCAUGAACAGACAUCUCUGCAGUUGGCUGGUGGCAGCUUCUUGGACUGCAGGCUUCAUCCAUUCCACAGUGCAGACCAUCCUCACCAUGAGGCUGCCCUACUGUGGGCCCAACCAGGUAGACAACUACUUCUGUGAUGUUCCACCAGUCAUCAAGCUGGCUUGCACCGAUAUCUACAUCAUUGAGCUCCUCAUGAUCUCCAACAGUGGCCUUAUCACUACUUGUUGCUUUGUAAUCUUGGUGACCUCCUAUGCCACUAUCCUGCUAAGAAUUCAGUCCCCUGAGGGACGCCGCAAAGCCCUCAAUGUCUGUGCCUCCCACCUUACUGUAGUCACCUUGUUUUUUGCUCCCUGCAUCUUCAUCUAUGCUCGACCUUUCUGUAUUUUCUCAGUAGACAAGCUGGUCUCUGUCCUGUACAACGUUAUCACCCCUUUGCUGAAUCCGUUGAUCUACACCUUGAGAAAUAAAGAUGUGAAGAUGGCCAUGAGGAAGUUGAGAAAGAAGGAAGUCUUUUCUGAUGGGAAAUUGGUGAUGUGA